AGCUCCUUAUCUUCGCGUGUUCCCCACUCUCCUGAUCUUUUCUCUCUAGUUAAAUAUCAGAGUAGUUUUAGAUUUGGAUCCAAUCCACCGGCAAAAGCAGAAUUAAGUUCCGGCGAACGGCGAAAAAUGGCAGGCAAUGGAGAAAUUGAAGUGUCCGACGAGAAAGAGUUUUCUUCGUCGUCGUCGCAAGGACUAGGCCACGGCCGGAAGUACAGGGCUGUGGUGGCCAGCGAUAACGAUCGCGCCAUCGUUGAAAUGUCCUCUCUGGAGUCCGCCGCCGCCGCCUCCUCUUCUUCUUCCUCUUCUCCGUUUCCCAAUCGUAACGCUAUGAAAGUUAAAGCUAGCAAUCAGACAAACAUGGCUUCUGAAGAAAGAGAAGGCUCACUGCCCACUCGUGCACAUGCCAAUGGCGAUCAGAAGGAUUCCAAAUUGGAAUUGUUUGGGUUUGAUUCACUCGUAAAUAUUUUAGGUCUUAAGAGUAUGACAGAAGAUCAGACUCCUGCACCCUCUAGUCCUAGAGAUGGAGAUGAUGGCACAAUCAAUCUGGAACGUCCUAGGGUGCUUGAUACUGGUGUCAAACUAGGGACAAUGAUGGGAGUGUUUGUUCCGUGCUUGCAAAAUAUUCUGGGAAUUAUCUACUAUAUCAGAUUUUCAUGGAUCGUUGGUAUGGGUGGUAUAGGUGAAUCAUUGUUGCUAGUUGCUUUCUGUGGGUCAUGCACUUUCUUGACUACAAUUUCGUUGAGUGCCAUUGCAACUAAUGGUGCUAUGAAAGGUGGAGGACCUUAUUAUCUCAUAGGUCGUGCCUUGGGUCCUGAAGUAGGAGUCAGCAUUGGGCUUUGUUUUUUCCUUGGGAAUGCAGUUGCUGGAUCUCUUUACGUAUUGGGAGCUGUGGAGACUUUUCUGAAUGCUGUACCAAGUGCAGGGAUUUUUAAAGAGACUGUCACCAGAGUUAAUGGAACAGAAGUAGCACAACCGAUUGCUAGUCCCAGUUUACAUGAUCUGCAGAUAUAUGGAAUUGUGGUGACCAUCAUUUUGUGUUUCAUAGUAUUUGGUGGUGUGAAAAUGAUCAAUCGAGUUGCACCAGCUUUUCUUGUAGCUGUUUUAUUCUCAUUAUUCUGCAUAUUUAUUGGGAUACUGCUGGCUCGAAAGGAUCAUCCAGCAGCUGGGAUUACGGGCUUGAGUUUGGAGUCUUUCAAAGAAAAUUGGAGUUCGGACUAUCAAACAACUAAUAACGCUGGAAUUCCUGAUCCUGACGGGAAGAUAUACUGGAACUUCAAUGCAUUGGUAGGUCUAUUUUUUCCUGCUGUUACGGGGAUUAUGGCUGGUUCAAACCGUUCUGCGUCAUUGAAGGACACUCAGAGGUCUAUUCCUGUCGGAACAUUAGCUGCAACUUUGACGACUACUGGACUAUAUCUGAUUUCUGUUUUAUUUUUUGGAGCUCUUGCUACCCGAGAGAAACUUUUGACAGAUAGGUUACUUACAGCAACUAUUGCAUGGCCGUUCCCAGCAAUCAUUUACAUUGGUAUAAUUCUUUCAACCUUAGGAGCAGCUCUUCAAAGUCUCACAGGAGCACCACGUCUUCUUGCAGCAAUAGCCAAUGAUGACAUCUUGCCUGUUCUGAACUACUUCAAGGUGGCAGAUGGGAAUGAACCUCAUAUUGCUACUUUCUUUACUGCCUUCCUCUGUAUUGGAUGUGUUGUGAUUGGAAAUCUUGAUCUUAUCACUCCAACCAUAACUAUGUUUUACCUUCUCUGCUAUGCUGGUGUGAACCUGUCCUGCUUUCUUUUGGAUCUUCUAGAUGCUCCUAGCUGGCGUCCUCGCUGGAAAUUUCACCACUGGAGCCUUUCCCUUGUUGGAGCAUUGCUUUGUAUUGUAAUCAUGUUCUUGAUUUCUUGGGCAUUUACCGUGGUAUCCCUGGCCCUAGCAAGUCUUAUAUAUUAUUAUGUGAGCAUCAAGGGCAAAGCUGGAGACUGGGGUGAUGGUUUCAAGAGUGCAUACUUUCAACUUGCUCUGCGCAGUCUGCGAUCUUUGGGAGCUGAUCAGGUACACCCAAAGAAUUGGUACCCUAUCCCCCUUGUAUACUGCCGACCUUGGGGUAAACUUCCUGAAAAUGUCCCUUGCCACCCUAAACUCGCUGAUUUUGCCAACUGCAUGAAGAAAAAGGGUAGGGGAAUGUCUAUUUUUUUGUCUAUUAUGGAUGGAGAUUACCAUGAAUGUGCUGAGGAUGCCAAGAUUGCAUGUAAGCAGCUUAGUACCUACAUUGACUACAAGCAAUGUGAAGGUGUAGCAGAGAUAGUAGUUGCUCCCAGUAUGACUGAGGGCUUCAGAGGCAUUGUUCAGACAAUGGGCCUUGGUAAUCUCAAGCCUAAUAUGGUCAUUAUGCGGUAUCCUGAAAUUUGGCGGCGUGAAAAUUUAACUGAAAUUCCCGCCAGUUUUGUUGGAAUAAUAAAUGACUGUAUUGUUGCAAACAAGGCGGUUGUUAUUGUCAAGGGUCUUGACGAGUGGCCUAACGAGUACCAAAGACAGUACGGUAGCAUUGAUUUGUACUGGAUUGUGAGAGAUGGUGGUCUUAUGCUUCUCCUGUCCCAACUUCUUCUUACUAAAGAGAGCUUUGAGAGCUGUAAAAUCCAGGUUUUCUGUAUUGCUGAGGAGGAUUCUGAUGCAGAGGAACUCAAGGCUGAUGUCAGGAAGUUUCUUUAUGAUCUCCGCAUGCAAGCUGAAGUAAUUGUUAUAUCAAUGAAGUCAUGGGAUGCCCAAGCAGAGCAGCAAGACGAAUCCUUCGAGGCUUUCACUGGUGCGCAGCAGAGAAUCUCUAAUUACUUGGCAGGGAUAAAGGAGAAUGCUCAUAGAGAAGGGACUGCUUUAAUGGCUGAUGGAAAGCCUGUGGUCGUCAACGAACAGCAGGUAGAGAAAUUCCUCUACACCACUUUAAAGCUCAACUCGACAAUACUGAAGUACUCGAGAAUGGCCGCAGUUGUGCUUGUCAGUCUACCUCCGCCUCCAGUCAAUCAUCCCGCGUACUUUUACAUGGAAUACAUGGACCUGUUGGUUGAAAAUGUUCCUAGACUUCUAAUAGUUCGCGGAUAUCGUCGUGAUGUGGUAACAUUGUUCACAUAGUUUGAUUGUAGAUUGCCUUCUCACCUGGUAAUCAACACAAAUUUUCUUCUUUACACAUUGUUAAUAGGUUCGUUUCUUUGCCCCUUUAUGUUUAUUAAUGAAUAUAGCUUAGGGUUUUUUUUUUUUUUUCAUCUUUGGUUUUCCUUUUUUAGAAUUGGGGGUAGAUUUGUAGUUUAUACGUCAUUAAUUCUUUUUACCCCAUCAUUGCAUAGAAAAUUUUGUUGUAUUUAAAUAUUUGAGUUAAUUAGUCAAUUUGAUCAUGAAAUGAUGUUAUGCUUUUGUUUCAAGGCAAAAUUUUGUACUGGAACUUUUAGUUCACAGGUUUCCUCGUGUAUUA